GAUAGGUGCGUGUCUCCCUUGGGAGGGGUAAGGAGUUAAGUGUACCUUCUCUUCCCUUAGUGUGUAUCUUUUAGGGUAUUGAGAAAUGAGUGAAAUUAUUGCCACUAUGAAAAGUGAAAAUGUGCUAUUUGACCUUUUAGAAAAGCAUGGUGCUCGGCCCUCUUUAUCAGGGGUGGAUUGGGCACGACAAAACUGGCAUAACUUGCAGAGUGUUUCCGACCGCAUUCGUGUUUUACAAUAUGAGGCUCAUACCCCGGGCGGGAAAGGAAAAUCGUUUAUUUGUGCGGUACUCGGUGCUGCUUUAAAAGCUGCCGUGGAGUUCCGAGAUGAAAAGCAUUCGGCAGAAACCCAAACCAUACAAGCAUUACAGGAAUCAGUUAAAGUAAUGCAAGAAUUGGUAAAAACUCUGCAGAAUCAAAUAGUGAACCUUGAGGAACAAUUACAAAGAGAGCAACAUAAUACAGUUUUGUUGCAAAUGGCUUUUAAGGAACUAUUAACAUAUAAGAAUACUAGCAAUACUGCUGUCCAUAAUUUGCCUCAAGAAAAAACUUUUCCUCAGAAGGAACUACAAGGAAUAAAGGAAGGGCUUGGCAAAUUAGAGGACUCGCCAACCCAAUUGCGUCCUUUGAUAAAAACCGAAUAUACGUUUGAUAACAGUGAGGAUCUGAACCCUCAAAUGAAUGUUAAAGAAAUUCCUUUUUCUGCCACUGAAUUAGCAAAACUGAAAAAAGAUUUUAGCCGCUCUCCAAAGGAAUCGGAAACAGAAUAUGUAUGGAGAGUCAGCUUAACUGGUGGAGACCAAAUAAUGUUAACCGAAAAGGAGGCUGAGGGUUAUUGGGGGCCAGGAGUAUUUUUGACUACUGGUAAUAACCGUGCUCCCUGGUCCCUAACACAGAGGGCUGCCUAUUGGGCAGGUGGUCUUAACCCUUUAGAAAGGGGAGACCCUCUUGCUAUUAAUGGGACAGCUGAUCAAUUAGUGGAAAGUGUUCAAAAAGCUGCUUGUCUGCAAAUGAUGUAUGAUAGAAAGCUGCAGCCACAUCAUGAAUCACCUAUGAUGAUGCCUGUUGAUCCUGAAAGGAUGACUCCUUUAAUCAGGGGGCUUCCAGAAUCACUGAAACCUAUAGGUAUACAACUACAAGGAAAAAUACAAGCUAUGCCUCAGGGAGAAAGAACCCUGGCAGCAUUAGAAGGAACUGGCACCUCAGGCCAUUUGCAGUCAGGAUAUAAAGUAUGGACAUGGGGGGAGGUUGCCCAAGAGUUGAUUAAUUAUGAAAGGAAAUAUGGGCCUGUGGCUUCUUCCAGUAUAUCUGAACCAGAGGAAGUAAGGCUCGCAGCAACCACCCUUGCUCCUAGGCCACCUAGUCCAAAGCUCAGUGGAACUGGAAGGGUCUCAUUGCCAGUAAGAACAGGUAGGCGAAAUAUUGAUCAUAAACGUAAUCGUCUCUGGACACUGGGCUGGCAAAAGGGUGUUCCACGAGACUUGAUGAAUGGAUUACCCACAGUCAGGUUAGAGAAAUUAGUUAACUUGUGGCCAGACAAAAGCUCAAGGAAAGCUGAUGCUUUCGCCCCCUCCCCCAGAUGAGUGGGAGGAGGGGGGGGAGGGCAGUGAAGGGUGGAUGUUUAUUAGAAAGCUCACAACAAAAGGAGAUCCUCGAUUUAACACCUUCUGUCCCAAGGCCUCCCCACUCCUGCCAAUUGCCCCUGUGAGUCACGAUCCAGUUGCUGAUAAGCUAGGGAACACUUAUCUCUCUGGCCAGCUUGUGUGGACUGACUCAGCUAACAUGAGGCGUUUCCCUAACCUUAAUGAAAUCCCUUAACAAAUAUCCUUAGAAGGCUAAGGACACCCCGAAAAAGGAAUGUAAAAUUAACUCCUCGCUGGAUUGUUCUCUCAUUUUUUAAUUGUAUUAACAAAGCCCCAAAAGGGCAAGUUGUUGUCUUGUUUUAUUUUACAGAAGAUCCCCGUGGGACCUUUACUGAACACAGAAUGACUGAUAGCUGACUUUAACCAUUUGUGUUUUGUGACAGAAAAAUUGAAGAUGUGAUCGUGCUAGAAUUCUGAAUAUAACUCGUUGUUACAUAUUUUGGUUGCAAUAGUAUUAUGCUUUUGUUUGUUGUUGUGGAUUGUGAUUGAUAUCAGUCCUUGGAUCUGUUAAAACUUCACAAUUUGGUUCAGAGUUUCUUUUUCAGGUCAUCCUGGAUUUCUGGUACUUUCUGCACAGUGAUAACCAUUCCUUCUGAUCCCUUCUUUUACCCCUUUUUGUCAAACUGAUUAUGAUUUGCAUGUAACUCCUCCAUAGUGUUUCCAAAUUCCUAACAAAUUGGGAAAUGAGCCAAGGGACCCAUCUAAUAGAUGUGGUCAAAAA